UAAUGAAACAGAGAAAUUAAAUUAAUGUUGUUGUUGUUGUUUCUAGUCUGUUCAAUUUAGUUUAAUUUUUUAAUUUUGCAUAUAAAAAUUUCAGAGUCAAAGAGUUUUGUCAAGUUAUGAAGAAAAUACCUUUUUUGUUUGAACAUUGUAUAUGUGUCUGUUGUAAAUUUGUUAUAUAAAUUGAAAAUUUAUUCAAAACCAAAAUAAUUUUCAAACAACAACAACAAGUGAUUUCUACCACAAAUGACAAUUGAAACCAAGGUGCAAAAAUGAGCCUUAAUACAAUUUAUCUAAAUGUUGGUGGUCAAAAAUACACCACAAAAAGAGAAACAUUACUAUUUGUACCAGAAUCACGUUUAGCAUCAUGGUUUCGUACAACAACAAAUGAUAAUUGUAACAAGAUAAAAUCCAUAAAUGCAUCAUCAUCAUUACCAUUACAAUUGCCAUCAUCAACAACAACAACCACAUCAUCAACAUCUACAGCAUCAUCAUCAACAUCAUCAUCAUCAUCAGCAUCAUCGACAGUAACGGCAACGUUAUCCAAUAUAGAUGAUGUAAUCAGUAAAGAUUGCAAGGGGCGAUUCGUGAUAGAUCGUGAUGGUUGCCUAUUUCGACAUAUAUUAAAUUAUUUACGCAAUAAAGGCAUGGUAACAUUGCCUGAACAUUUUAUGGAACAUCGUUUAUUACGUAUUGAAGCCGAAUAUUAUGGUCUGGAUGAUUUAGCUAAAGCAAUGAUUUCACCGAUGCCACGCUCACCAAUAUUAACCAAUAAUAAUGGCAGUAGCCAUGGUGGUUAUGGCAUUGUCAAAGGAACUGGUGGCCCCGGAUUCAUUACUGUUGGUUAUCGUGGUUCAUUUGCAUUCGGUCGUGAUGGAUUAGCUGAUGUGAAAUUUCGAAAAUUGACCAAAAUUCUUGUAUCUGGCCGUGUAGCCUUAUGUCGUGAGAUUUUUGGUGAUACAUUGAACGAAUCACGUGAUCCGGAUCAUUGUGACGAUGACAAUCGUUAUACGGCUAGAUUUUUUCUCAAACAUUUAUGUCUUGAACAGGCAUUCGACUGUCUACAGGAAGCCGGUUUUCAUAUGGUUGGUUCAUGUGGUUCAGGUACAUCCAGUACACCGGCAAAUGAACCGGUCAAGCCGGGUAUCGAUGCUGAAGAAACACGAUGGAAUCAUUAUAAUGAAUUUGUAUUUUGUCGUCCAUAAAUGAUAUAUUUUAUAUUUAACAGAUUAACUAUUAGAAUUACAAUUCAUUAUUCAAUGAUAACCAAACCAAAACUAUUUCAUUCCGCCAAUUACCAAUAACAACAACUACCAAAAUUCUCA